AUGGCCCUUACCGCCGCCUUCCUCCUCCUCUUUCAUCUCUUCCUCCUCGUCCCCAACGCCUCCUCCGCCGCGCCGAUCAUCGGCCUCGACUCCUUCCUCACCCAGCAAUUCCGCCGGGACCCCCACGCGGCCAAUGACUCCUUCCCCUACCUCCCCUCCUCCCUCAAAACCCCACUCUCCCAACCCUCCGCCGCCCACCCUCCGUCCCUAGCCUCCCUCCUCUCCCUCGAUCUCCCCGUCCCCAUCGCCGUCCACCUGGUGGGCCCUACCUUCGCCUCCUCCUCCCCCUCCCUCCUCUCCUCAUUCGUCUCCUCCGCUGUAUCCUCCGAUCUCUUCCACGUCAUCACCCCCUUCUCCGACUCCGGGCACCACCUCUCCGUCUCCCACUCGCUCCACCUGUCCGCCUCCCUCGCUCCUCCUUCCCUCUCCGCCGCCCUCUCCUCCGCCAUCAGCUCCCACCUCGCCUCCUCCCCGUCCCCCCUUCGAUCCGCCCUCUCCGCAGUCCCCUACUCCGUCAUCGACCAGAUCAUCCGGAAGGAAUUCGAGAAGGAGAAGCCCGUCAGCUCUUUCCACAUCUUCAUCAUCCAUCUCGGGUCCCAGUCAAAACCCUAUGCUUACAGCUACACCCCUGGGGAUAGCUCCCCUGGCCACACCAAGUGCUUGGGCAGCAUCUGGGCCGGGAAAGACCGAUACUUAUGGAUUGAUCUGGGAGCCGGGCCAGUCGAUUACGGGCCCGCCUUGUCCGGUGAUGGGGUCCUCCCGAAGGGCGAGUUCCAUCCGUUAGCGGCACUCCACGGCCGGCCCAAAUCGCAAAAGGCCCUGCUUUCAGAUUUGGCUUCUUUAGUGUGGAGCGCUUAUCAGGUACUUCUUGUCCCAUCUUUGAGAAUCCCCGUGCCGUAUGAGAACAAAUUGAUUGUUGAGUUCGUUCAUAUUCACGGUGAUAAUGUUGGUAGUUUGGGUUUGGACUGGAAGUCCAUAGAGAGAACUUUCAUGGAUGAGGUUAAUAACCAUGAAUUAUUAUUGGGGGAUCAGAGUUUGAGUUUCAAAAAAUAUGAUGUGAAAUUAUCUGAGUGUUCGAUUUGCUCGUUUGCAAUCGCUAGAGCAACCACCUCGUACACGUCUAGGUACCUGUUUGACAAUUACACGUUGAUUGUGAGUGAGUAUUUGGAUUCCAAGCGUUUGCACCAGUCAAUCUUGGAGUCUGUUGAUGAGUUCAGAAGGGUGGGCAAGCUUCCUGAGGAGGAGUUUGGUAGAAUACUUCCCGUUUAUGUUUUCGAUCUUGAUGUCAACACGAUUUUGUUGCUCGACCGGUAUCACCAGUCAGUCGCAUUUAAGGAUAUGGUGAUUGCAGUCAGGACAAAGAGCACUCAGACAGUGAGUGACUACAGUUGCAAUGGACAUCAUGUGUUCACUCAGACUAGAGAACUUGAGAGGCCACUCGUGGGCUCGAUUUUGCAGAGCAUGUGGGGUGUCUCACCUACUCACCUCGUGUGGAGCCCACGCCAUAAUCAUUCACUUGUGGACUACACAUGGAGUGUCGGGCAGACCCCGUUCGGCCCGUUUUCGGAGGUAUUUUCUUUAUCCUUCGUUCAGAAGGAUGCUGUAAAGAGAAAUAUGCUUUUGACGUCUUUGAAUUACAGCAUCUCGAGUGGGGUUGAUAUUCUUGAAUCGAUCGGUUCGCAUGGUGGGGAGAGAAAGCUUUUGAAACGCAACAGGCACACUGAGUUUUUGCAGAGGUGGAAUUUGUUUAGGUACAAGCUGGAAAAAUCGAUCUCUGCCAUGUCGCAUUUUGAUUACGAGAUGGCUUUGUAUUACCUGCGUUCGUCCGACCACGAUUUAUAUGCAAUUCACACGCUCGUUUAUCAAGCGUCUCAGGAGUUGGAAGCCUCGCUCGUCUGUUUUAAGGACCCACCUUUUCCGUGGCUGUCCUUUGUAUCGUCCGGAGUUAUUUUCUUUGCUUUGCUUUAUGCGUAUGCGAAAAGAGAUAAAUUGUUUCAGAACAAGAGAAAACAGUUUUAG